AAUUUGCAUUCCUGAGACUUUCCAACUGAAAAAAUACUUUGCUCUUUCACUCUCUCCAACAUGAUUCAUAGCCUAUUUUUGAUCAACUCCUCCGGAGACAUUUUCUUGGAGAAACACUGGAAAAGCGUGGUCAGCCGUUCUGUUUGUGAUUACUUUUUUGAGGCACAAGAGAGAGCUACUGAGGCAGAAAAUGUGCCUCCAGUUAUCCCUACGCCUCACCACUACCUGUUAAGUGUUUACCGGCACAAGAUAUUUUUUGUGGCUGUGAUCCAGACAGAAGUCCCACCUCUGUUUGUCAUUGAGUUUCUUCACCGAGUAGUGGACACAUUCCAGGAUUAUUUUGGAGUGUGUUCAGAGCCAGUAAUCAAAGACAAUGUGGUGGUGGUUUAUGAAGUAUUGGAAGAGAUGCUUGACAAUGGGUUUCCAUUGGCUACUGAAUCCAACAUCCUCAAAGAACUGAUAAAGCCUCCCACGAUCCUGCGAACAGUUGUCAACACCAUAACAGGAAGUACCAAUGUGGGUGACCAACUUCCCACGGGGCAGCUGUCCGUGGUGCCCUGGCGACGGACUGGUGUGAAAUACACCAACAAUGAAGCCUAUUUUGAUGUAAUUGAAGAGAUUGAUGCCAUCAUUGAUAAAUCAGGUUCUACAAUCACUGCUGAGAUCCAGGGGGUGAUUGAUGCCUGUGUCAAGCUGACUGGAAUGCCAGACCUUACACUUUCCUUCAUGAACCCCAGGUUGUUGGACGAUGUCAGCUUCCAUCCUUGCGUUCGUUUCAAGCGCUGGGAGUCUGAGCGGAUCCUCUCCUUCAUCCCUCCUGAUGGGAACUUCCGCCUGCUCUCUUACCAUGUCAGUGCGCAGAAUUUGGUGGCAAUUCCAGUGUAUGUCAAACAUAGCAUCAGUUUCCGGGAUAGUAGUUCACUUGGACGCUUUGAAAUCACAGUUGGACCUAAACAGACAAUGGGGAAGACGAUAGAGGGCGUGAUUGUCACUAGCCAGAUGCCCAAAGGAGUUCUUAAUAUGAGCCUCACACCAUCUCAAGGAGCACACACGUUUGACCCAGUUACUAAGAUGCUGACUUGGGAUGUAGGAAAAAUAAAUCCCCAAAAGUUACCAAGUUUGAAAGGAACCAUGAGUCUUCAGGCUGGAACUUCUAAGCCAGAUGAGAACCCCACAAUUAACCUGCAGUUUAAGAUCCAGCAGCUGGCGAUUUCCGGACUCAAAGUGAAUCGUCUGGAUAUGUAUGGAGAAAAGUACAAACCGUUUAAGGGCAUAAAAUACAUGACCAAAGCUGGAAAAUUCCAAGUUCGAACCUGAAGGGAGAGUUUUGCAAAGGGAGCAGUCACAAACACUUUUUCAUUUCUUACUUGUCUCAGAGUAAACAUAACAGCCUGUCUCCUAGGUCAGUCCCCUCCCAGACCUGCCUGCUCCCGACUUUCCUUAGCCUUCAGUGCCAUGGAGCUGAUCAAGGGAGAAAGGGUUGCGAGGGAGAACUGGACAGAACUGAAAUAAAGGCACCACCAAGUCAGUUCUAAAACAAGAAAUAUGUGAUGGAGGGUAGAAAUGCUUAAUACCAUAGUCAACUCUUUAAUGUGGUCACCAUAGAGAGGAACUAGCAUUAUUACUUGGUUGGCCUUAAUUAUGGAAAGCCAAUGAAAGACUUGUUUCUUUGUUUUUAAGGUGGAAAAGGAAGAAUAGAAGAAAGAAAGUUUGGAAGAAAAAUGGAUAUUAGUUGCAGACAGGCCAGUAAAGGAUGACAUCUCUGAGGAAGAGAAAGAAAGUAGUACAGAAGGGCCAGGGCACAAACUAAAGUCAAAGUGGCCAGAAAAGGGAUCCAGCUCCACGUGACAGAAUCAGAAGGAACGAGCUUCUUUCUGAUACCUCUAUUUUCAUAAAAAAUGUACUUCUAGAAAUGAACUGGAGGUUUCAUAUAUUCACGUCCACUAUUGACAUUGGAAAACUUAGUAGAAUCAAAAUUUUCCUUAAAACAAUUGGAGAUAUCUGAGCAGUUAUAAGAUACUAAACUACUGCUUGUCUUUAUUCAGCAUUUUAUCUGUCAUAUUCGAUGAGAAGGUGACCUGCCCUCUUCUUGAUGGUGAUUGUCUGAAAUGCCUCUUUUUCCCUCAACUCCAAUAAAUUCUAUUCACUUUACAGAAUUCACCGGCCUUUUUCCUGUUGUCUGAAGAGAGUUUCAGAGAAAACAAGCCCAACACCUCCAGGAAGCUAGAUUUUGUACAUCACAGUUUUGGAUAUAAAGGAUCAUUCCUAUUGAGGGAGUAGUCCCCUGGGAUAAUUCACUUAUUCCUUUUCCAACAUUUAUCAGAACCAACUGGUGCUAGAAUCGAAGCUUCUGGUCCAUCAGUGAUUAAUAUUGAGGGUGUUAGUAAUUCAUGAAGCUGCUCAGUAAUUUUCUAAAAGUCUUUUGAAUCCUAAAGUUCAUUUACUAACAGUGAAUGUCUACCAGUUCAUAUUUGCUUUAAAGCAAAGAGUGUCCCUUAAAUCUCAAAUAAAUCAAACAUGGGCAAAUGGACCAUUUUUGUCCCAGCAUCGCCCAGUAAUAAGACAUGGCUACUGAAGGGGGCCCCUCAGCUUUCCCAGUGGGUCCUUUAUCCUACUUCAAAGUGUCUAUUACCCAUAUUUGUAUAAAUAAGACAGGAUUUUUAAAAUAAUAGCUUAAGGAGUGAUGAUGUGCACUGCUUCAUGCAUGGAGAAAAAGUCUCCAAAUCCUACCAUUUUUCUCUGAAGCUGUUUGCAAAUAUGUAGGUAAGUUUUGUGCUUGUUUGAUUUCCUGGACUUGUUUUUGCUGUAAAGUUGUUUUGUGUUGG